AUGUCCACUCCAGCUAUAGACGAUCAUGGUGUCAACUCAAAGCUCAUGCUUAAGACGAGCUUCAAAUCGGUGAAAACAAUCGAGUCGAUCUACACCGGUGGAACAGUCUUGAUUACAGCUGACGAAUCGCUAUUGAUCUCGACGGUGAACGAAGACGUUGAGGUUAUCGAACUAGGCAGCGGAAAACAAGUGCACAAACUCGAAGGAGAUACAGAGCUUGUCACAACGAUGGCAGUCAAGCCCGAUGGAAAGCACCUUAUUACUGCAAGCCGCAGUCUACAGAUGCGAGUAUGGGAUUUGGAACAAGGAAUUUGUGUACGAGCGGUGCGAGCACAUACGGCGCCUGUCAUUGUUAUGGAUGUCGAUCCAACAUCAACGCUAGUUGCAACUGGUGGUGCUGAUGGCAUUGUCAAAGUAUGGGACAUCGAUAAAGGAUAUUGUACGCACGUGCUUUCCGGUCAUAAUGGUGUUGUGAGUGCUAUCAAGUUCCAUCAUAUGAAUGGUCAAUGGUAUCUCGCAUCCGGCGCUGACGACUGUGAAAUCCGUAUCUGGGACCUGCAGACUAAGAGGUGCAUCGCUACACUUCAGAGUCAUGUCAGUGUUAUUCGUGGUCUUGAUUUCUCAGCGGAUGGACAAACAUUGAUCUCUGGAUCUCGUGAUAAGGUGGUCAACGUGUGGGAUUGGCAGAGAAAAACACUCAAGGCGACCUAUCCCAUUUUUGAAACUUUGGAGACUGUCGGGUUCAUCAACAAGGAUGCCGAUGUAUCAUCAUACCCUGAACAGUGGCACCAAUCUGAACUUUUCUAUACCGGUGGUGACAAUGGUGUUGUACGCAUAUGGGAUUUGGAGACCGGCAAUCUGGUAAAAGCUCAGGAACGUGAGGAGAAUAGCAAGCAUGCCAUUACAGACAUUAUCUAUGCUCGCAAGUCGCAAGUACUUGCUGCAGUGACAAAUGAUGAGAAUAUCCUGAUGUAUUCGAUCGCUCAAGGACUCAGACGCAUCAAGCAGAUUGUUGGUUAUAAUGAUCAAAUUGUGGACCUUGCAUAUGUUGGUACAGAGGACACACAUCUUGCUGCAGUAACCAACAGCGAGCAUCUUCGUGUCUACAACGUAGAAACACAAGACUGUGACCUUGUAUAUGGGCAUAAAGACAUGAUUAUCUGUAUUGAUCGAUCAAAGGAUGGCAUGUUACUGGCAACGGGUGCUAAGGAUCGUACAAUUCGGCUAUGGAAAGUUGAUCUUCAAGCAGCUUAUUCAGCAGAACGUUUCAAAUGUGCUGCUGUGUGUGUCGGUCAUACGGAGGCAAUUGGUGCAGUAGCAUUGCCACACAAGUCAAGAAAUUUCUUAAUCAGUGGCAGUCAAGAUCGUACAAUUAAGUAUUGGCACUUGGGUGACUUGGACUUGGAUAAGCCGAAUGAUACAUAUCAACCACGAUCUCUGUACACGCAUCAAGCACACGACAAAGAUAUCAAUACGAUUGCCAUCGCACCUAAUGACAAGUUUUUCGCAACCGGUUCACAGGAUAAGACAGCUAAGAUUUGGAAUGUUGAUUCUGGAGAUUUGGCUGGUACAUGCAAAGGUCAUAAGCGAGGCGUGUGGUGUGUGAAAUUCUCGCCUGUCGAUCAAGUGAUUGCAACCACGUCUGGUGAUAAGACUCUGAAAUUAUGGAACAUACGAGAUUUUUCCUGUAUCAAGACAUUUGAAGGACACACCAAUUCGGUGCUUCGGGUAGAUUUUUUGACAUCCGGGAUGCAGUUGGUGUCAAGUGGAUCGGAUGGUCUACUUAAGAUAUGGACAAUCAAAACCAACGAAUGUGACACGACGCUCGAUAAUCACACAGAGAAGGUGUGGGCAUUGGCAGUACGCAAGGACCAAAAGUAUAUUGCUUCUGGUGGUGCUGAUUCGGUGGUCAAUUUCUGGGAAGAUAUCACACGAGAAGAGCAAGAAGAGGAAUUACGUGAAAAGGAACAAUACAUCAUAAAGGAGCAAGAGUUGCAGAAUUUUAUGCGAAAUAAGGAUUACCUAAAUGCUAUUUUGUUGGCACUGUCAUUGGAGCAGCCCUUCCGAUUACUCUCCCUCUUCCGAAAUGUAAUGGAAAUGCGUUCGGAUAUGGAAGACGACAGCAUUACAGGAUCGGCAGCCGUGGAUAAGGUCUUGGCAGAGCUAGGCGCAGAUAAUUUGGAAAAGCUGCUAACUUACAUUCGAGAUUGGAACACAAAUGCUAAGCACGCUGAUAUUGCACAAACUGUACUCAAUGCCAUUCUUGCAUCACAUGCUUCUGAAGAAAUUGUAUCUCUCCCAAAAGCCAAAGAGUUGAUUGAUGGCCUCGCUCCAUAUACCGAAAGACACUUUCAACGACUGGAUGAAUUCAUUACACAAUCAUACAUUGUAGACUACACUUUGCAUUCCCAACAGUAA